GCAAUAGAAAUAUCUUUGACUGUGAAACAUCUUAGAUCUAGCAGAAAGCCCGAAACCUAAUAAGCCUGUGGGUGUUUGUGUUGUUAUAUGAGACAUGGCUGUGUCUGUGAUUAGAAAUGUAUGUGGAUUAUUUAGAACAACGGUGUCUCAGACUGGCUGUCUGAGCGGUGUUCCCAUUCAUCUUAGACGUAAACAUGAUAAUGCAGCAGCUGCAGCAGAAACUAGGCCAACUGCUCGUAAAUUUGAUGCUGCACAACGUGCACAAUUGAGUGAUUAUGGCUGUUAUGUAGCAGAAUGUCUUCCAAAGUUUGUGCAGAAAGUCCAGCUGACAGCAGGUGAUGAACUUGAAGUAUUGAUUGUCCCAGAGGGUGUAGUUCCAGUUUUACAAUUCCUCAAGGACCAUCACAAUGCACAGUUUGCCAAUCUUGUAGAUAUAGCAGGCGUUGAUGUGCCUAGCAGACAGUUCAGAUUUGAGGUGGUCUACAAUUUACUCUCACUUCGAUUCAAUUCACGUAUAAGGGUGAAGACCUAUACAGAUGAACUUACGCCUAUUGAUUCAGUGUGUGAGGUGUUCAAGGCUGCCAACUGGUAUGAGAGGGAGAUCUGGGACAUGUUUGGUGUGUUCUUUGCAAAUCACCCUGACUUGCGCCGCAUCCUCACUGAUUAUGGAUUUGAAGGGCAUCCAUUCCGUAAGGACUUUCCACUAAGUGGAUAUGUUGAGGUGCGUUACGAUGAUGAACGAAAGCGUGUUGUCGUCGAGCCACUAGAAUUGGCACAAGAGUUCCGUCGAUUUGAGUUGUCAGCACCGUGGGAGCAGUUCCCAAACUUCAGAGAGGCUCCAGCUGCUCAAGAAGAAAUACAGACAAAGGGUAGUGAGUCUGGAGAAGGGAAGAAGUAGGUUGGAAGAACUCAAAACAGCUCUUUGUUAGUAGCAUUAGUUUUAUAUGUUGAACCACUGUACAGUUGAAGUGAAAUAUAAUAAAUAUAUAUGUACACACACACAAACUGUUACAGUGCUUGAAAUAUAUCUCCCAUACUGUAGAAUUGUACUACUUAAAAUCAGGUGCUCAGUUAACAUUUAGAACAGCAGCUGUGAUCAGCUCACUAAGCAAACCUCAAGAAACAGAAAUAUAAAGACCCUCAUCUUGGGAUAAUAUGUGUUAUCGCAGUCACAACUGCUACAUUUUUCACAUAUUCAGACACUUGGUAAAGUACAGAUAAUAUACAGUAUGAAAUGUUCAGAAAUAAGUAAAGCAUUAAUGAGGUUUUAUAUAAUGGUACAAUUAAGUUAAACACAAAUCUUCCACAAAUAAAUUUAUGCUCUCUUACCAAUUACUCCAUUCAUCUCUUUUACAGUGAGAUAAUUGUACUUCCAAUUGCUGCAGUAAUACAAGCUAUGACAGAAAAAAAGGCAGACUGCUUGAACCAUUUUUCAUGGCAUAUUAGUGUGUAACUGUUCAUCCAUCUUGAACUUUGUUCUUGCUGUGUGGCAAUAUAUGAACCAUUUAUUACAUACAUUUUCUUGCAUUCUGCUGGAGGGUGAAAAGGUGAGAGUUCCUCUGCUGCCUGACACAGUGACAAAAGGGACGAAUGCAGAUGUGUGGGCUCAUAUGGGUCCUACUGAAAAGUCUGCCACCACUAAUUGAACAUAUUACGUAAAUACACAAAUUUGUAGUGUGCAGACCAUACAGAUUUACAGUUAAGCACAAGAACACACCUGUAAUAGGUUUCUUAUCCACUGAUACUGAAUUGAACAUUUUUGAUAAUGCUUAUUGCAGUGAAAGGACACAGUUCAAAGUUGAACAGCCACACACAAAAAUAUGCAGUGUCAGACAAGUCCUAAUUGUGUGUCAGAAAGUAUGCACAGAAUGUGAAUUGUGGUUUCCAAACAAGCCCAAAACUUUGGCCGUGCUGCCCAUAUUAAGUGGCCUUAAAGAUGGAAUUGUGCACCAAAAUUUUCUGUAUACAGCUACAUUGUUAGACUGAAGUUGACACGUGCCUCAUAUGUAACAUAAUAAAUUAUAUAUACUUUACAAUUGCUUUAGAUAUAAGUGAGAACAGAAAAGUAAGCGACAUUUUUAAAUGCAGUCUCUAAUGACGUUGUUUGCAAUGGGGUGUUAAAUGCUAAUCUCCUCCUCCUCAUUUUAAUGUACAGUUUGAUUUCAGAACACACAUUGAAGCUUAGGUGGUAUUUCGAGGAAAAGAUAAAACUUAUAUUUGCAGCACCUGAACAUUUUCUUCUAACAGUUGCCAUUAUUUUGUACCCAGACGAUAAGAAAGUACAAGAAAAUGGUUUCUACAAUUUAACUAUGAAAAGUCACAGAAUGUCCUCAAAGUAUCAUGGUAAAUUACUAAUAAUGUUUUUGUUGAUUGUGUUCCGCAGCUGUGAUAAAUCUUAGAAGUAACAUAUUGUAGCAAGUGAAGCUGCUGUAUAAUUUAUUGUUAGUUUUACAUUUUAUUUUAUAAAAAUUCUUCUUAAAAACACACACACACACACACACACACACACACACACACACACACACACACACACACAGAGAGAGAGAGAGAGAGAGAGAGAGAGAGAGAGAGAGAGAGAGAGAGAGAGAGAAAUAUUUAUAAAUAGUGAAAUAUUUUUGACAUUUGUUCUAUGCUAUAUAAAAAAAAUUACUGGAAAAUGGUAUCUGUUUGUACAAUUAAAAAAAAAAUAAAUUAUACAGCAACUUCAUCUUACAAUAUAUAAUUUCUAAUAAUGAUAUGUCAGUGAUGUAUGGGUCCAAAAUUUGAAGUAAUCAUAAAGAAGAAUGCUCAUAUUUGAAGCAGAAGCAAAAUUUGGGACAUCUGUAUAAAGCUAACUGCCAAAUCAAUCCACUGUUGUAAAUACAGGUAGGUUCACAAUUAAAAUGAGUAGUCAAAUUACAGGCCAAUGUCCUGUUAUUUUAGAGGUUGUAUUAAAACACUGCUUAUUUGAGCUUGCACCUGCAACUUAGCAUGAGAUCUGGACCACAACAUAACUUACAAUUACUCAAUAUGCAAAGCACUGCAAAAGGUAAAAGUUUUGUUAAGUGCAAAAGAAA